CUCGCCUGAGCUCGGCCCGGUGCGGACCGGCGAGGGAUCGCCUUUGUGCGGGCUUCGGGGAUCCGCGACGGCCGCUCGCGUCCGGCUCCAUUGUUUCGCUUCUGUGCCUCUUCCGGGCAAGCGUUGGCUGCGCGCGGGGCCCGCACGUGUCACACGGCGGCUGGAGCCGGGGACCCGCGGGCGCCGGCUGGGGCGUCCCGGCUGCGCCGGGAGAUGAAGUACCUGAAGCCGUGGUGGUCCGACGGCGGAGACCUCCUGCACCUCACUGUCCUGUUGAGCUUGGCGGGGCUCCACCUGGACCUGGACCUGGAUCUCUACCUGCUGCUCCCGCCCUACGGGGAUGAGCUGCCGCUUUGGGGCGACCAGACCAUUCCCGGCGACUCACUCAGCCCCUUACCGGAGAAUGAGGUAUUAAGAGCUACGGGUCACAGUUCCCAGCAGGAGGAAAAUGAGCAAGGUGUGUCAGCCCAGAAGGACAAAUCACUACAGCAGCAGGGUGAAGAUGAAACUAAAACAGCAGAUGUACCUGAGUGGGAGGCAGAAAAGACCACUGACACUAGGAAUGAGAGAUAUCUAAAUGGGACUGACACAUCUCUCUCUCUGGAAGACUUACUUCAGUUGCUUUCAUCACAGCCUGAAAAUUCAGUGGAGGGCAUCUCCCUGGGAGAUAUUCCUCUUCUCCCAGGAAGUAUCAAUGAUGGCAUGAAUUCUUCAGCAUACUACAAUGUGAAUUUUAGCCAGGCUAUAAGUCAUGAUGUCAAUCUCCAUGAGGCCAUGUUGCUAUAUCCAGACAAUACAUUUAGAAGAGACCCAGUAGGAAGGACUUCACAGCCACAGGAACCAUUUCUGCAGUUAAAUUCUCACACCACCAAUCCUGCACAGACCCUUCCUGGAACUAAUUUGACAGGAUUUCUUCCACCUGUUGACCAUCAGAUAAGGAAUCUAACAAGCCACGACCUUCUAUAUGACCUUGAUAUAAAUGUAUUUGAUGAGAUAAAUUCAAUGUCUUUGGCGACGGAAGGUUUUGAUCCCAUGGAGGUUUCUCACCUUUUUGGAGAACCCGAUUCUGAUUCUGGGCUUUCCUUAAAUUCAAGCCAUAAUAGCACCUCUGUCACCAAUCCUAAUUCCUGUGUGUGUGACAGUGCUAUAGGUUCUAGUAGUGACCUUGAAUCUCUUUCCCACCAUGCUUUAGAAGGGGCUGUAGGCGGCUACUACCCAGAGCCCAGUAAGAUUCGUCACAUUGAUCUUAGUAGUGAUUCUACUUUCCACGGGGACCUUGCAUUUCAACAUAUAUUCCAUAACCACACUUACCACUUACAGUCAAGUGUACCAGAAUCCACUUCUGAGUCUUUUUCAUGGCCUGGGAAAUCACAGAAAAUAAAAAGUAGGUACCUGAAUGACACAGACAGAAACUUAAGCCGUGAUGAACGCCGUGCUAAAGCUCUGCACAUCCCUUUUUCUGUAGAUGAAAUUGUCCACAUGCCUGUUGAUUCUUUCAAUAGUAUGCUAAGCAGGUACUACCUGACAGAUUUACAAGUGUCACUCAUCCGUGAUAUUAGACGAAGAGGGAAAAAUAAAGUUGCUGCUCAGAACUGUCGAAAGCGCAAACUGGACAUAAUUUUGAAUCUAGAAGAUGAUGUAUGUAACUUGCAAGCGAAGAAGGAAACCCUCAAGAGCGAGCGAGCCCAGUGUAACAAAGCCAUUAAUAUCAUGAAACAGAAACUGCACGACCUUUAUCAUGAUAUUCUUAGCAGGUUAAGAGAUGAUGAAGGUCGGCCCGUCAAUCCAAACCAAUAUGCUCUUCAAUGCAGCCAUGACGGAAGUGUUUUGAUUGUACCCAAGGAACUGGUGACCUCAGGCUACAAAAAGGAAACUCAAAAGGGAAAGAGAAAAAGUGAGAGAAGAAAUUGAA